AUGGUGCUGUUGAAGAUAAAGUUCACCCACCAGCGGCGGGUGCGUCUUGCCCAGGGCUUGUGGCUGCUGUCCUGGAUGGCAGUGAUGUGGGGGGCCAUCAUCUUUUGUCUGGGAGUUUACAUUAAGACAGAGCUGCUUCGUAGGGACGAGGUGCUGGACAACACAUCGAUGCACGUGGUGCCCAACAUCCUGAUGAUAGUGGGCCUGGCCUCCAUUGGCACCAACUGGGUCGCCACUCGUGUGUGUCAGGACUCCCUGGACCCAGCCCGCUUCCCCCGCUGGAAAAUUCUCCUGCUGGCCUGGUUUGCUGUGGCUGCAGUGUUGUGUUUUCUUCUCAUCAGUGUUGUGGUGCUCAGCUUCGCCCUACAGGGAAGCCUGGAGGAGUCCUUGAAGGUGGGCCUGAGGAAUGGUAUUCGGUUCUACAAGGACACGGACGUGCCUGGCCGCUGUUUUCAGAAGGAGACCAUCGAUCGCCUGCAGAUCGAGUUCCGCUGCUGUGGAAACAACAACUUCAAGGAUUGGUUUGAAGUUCAGUGGGUCAGCAACAGAUACCUGGACUUCACCUCGCAAGAAGUGAAGGAUCGGAUCCGGAGUAACGUGGACAGCCGUUACCUGUUGGAUGGCGUUCCUUUCAGCUGCUGUAACCCGGCCUCCCCUCGCCCCUGCCUGAGGUACCACCUGACAGAUAACAGGGCCCACUACAACUAUGAGUACCAAACAGAGGAACUCAACCUGUACAACCGCGGCUGCAGGCAGGCUCUGACCGACUACUACAUGGAUCUGAUGAACUCCACUGGUCCCGGUGUGCUGUCUGUCAUCUUAAUACAGCUGUCGGUGCUUUUGAGCCUGCGGUACCUGCAGACAGCCGUGGAAGCAGCCAUGGCUCUGGAGGACCCAGAGGCCGAAAGUGAGGGUUAUCUCCUGGAGAAGGGCAUAAAGGAAACCUUUGAGGACCUCAAAGCCAAUGCCCUCAACAUGAUAAAGCUUAUGCAGGUCGACCCCAGCGCCGCCGAAGGGUCUGAGCCUGCAGAGGGAGAGAAAGCUGAGAAGACCGAAACUCCUGCCAGUUAG